CUAAAUCGAUGAUUUGGUUUUAUUUUAAACGGUAUAAACGGUAUCGCAAUGGGUAAAGUAUUUUUAUCCAAAUAUAAGUUAUACAAGAUGGAUCAAACAAAAUUUCGGCAAGUGUUUAACAAAUGACAAGCAAUAUGUCAGAAUAUAUCAAAUUCGUGAUCAGUCGUGAUGACACGGUGAUAGUAGUGAGAAUAAGGUGCAGAGAUAGGUUACUUUUCGGUCGCGAGAUAGCUUAUAAUAAAUACAAAAUGGUCUAAUUCGUUACGGUUAUAUAACUGUAGUUGUCCGUAAAGCAUCGAGAUGACAUUGUAAAUAUAUUAUCAGAGUAUAUGAUUUAAUUCAGAAAGUGACGUUAUUUAGGUUAGGUACUUAUAGGUUAAAUGUCGUUUACACAGAUCAAGGAUACUUCACUAAUGGUAUCCUUCGUUAAGAAUAAUUUAACCUAUCAAAUAAUUUAUUUAGACGAUAGCUUUCUCUGUCAUUCACGCCACAGGUUUGGUGAGCACACAUCUUUGCUGUCUAUUACCACUGGAAAAAAUAAGUCUUAAAACAGCAAUGUUAAUAUCCAGGAAAGUGUUGAAGGGCAUUGCUCUAGGAACAAUUGGAAUUGGAACACUAGCUUCUUUGAGAGUCAACGAAUAUGAUCUGGGAUCGAUCGGUAUCGUACGACUGGGCCGUGCUGCUGUCUCCGUCUUCAUCAUAGGCGCCCAUUAUAACAGUACAGUAUAUAGCAGUACGUUAGAUAAGAAUUCUCAGGAAUAUCUGAAACUUAAGUCUGAAGCACACACAUUCGGUGCGAAAAAGUUAUUAGAGCUCUGCUGCGCCAAUAAAGGGGUUUACAUUAAAGUAGGCCAACACGUUGGAGCACUGGACUACCUGCUACCUUAUGAGUACGUCAGUACAAUGCGAGUCCUACACAGUUCUGCCCCCCAAUCUUCUUUUAAAGAUGUUUUACAUGUCCUAAAAGAGGAUUUCAAGAAAGAUCCGUAUGAAAUUUUCAAAACCAUUGAUCCAAUACCCUUGGGUGCAGCUAGUCUCGCACAGGUGCAUAAAGCUGUACUGAAAGAUGGAACGAAAGUGGCCGUCAAGGUGCAGCAUCGUGCUGUCAAAGCAAAUUCAUACGUCGACAUAAAAACAAUGUCAGCUUUGGUGAAAAUAACAUCAUGGAUUUUCCCUGAUUUCAAGUUCGAAUGGCUAGUGCAAGAGACCAAGAAAAACCUUCCUGAGGAAUUAAAUUUCAUUCGAGAGGGAGAGAACGCAGAGAAAGUUCAAGAGCUAUUUAAGAAUUACAAGUGGCUAAAGAUUCCAAAAGUAUUUUGGGAUUUAUCGACCACUCGAAUUUUGACUAUGGAAUUUGUAGAAGGAGGACAAGUGAACGAUUUAGACUACAUCCGUAAGAACAAGUUGAACCCGUUCGAAGUCAGCGGUAAACUGGGACGUCUAUAUAGUCAUAUGAUAUUUAUUACGGGAUUUGUUCAUGCGGAUCCACAUCCAGGAAACGUGCUCGUGAAAAACAAUCACGGAGAAGCAGAGAUCAUGCUCUUAGAUCACGGUUUAUACGCUAAUUUAACUAACGAAUUUCGAUGGGAGUAUUCUAAAUUAUGGCUAGCAAUUUUAAAUGGAGAUAAAACAGCAAUGAAAACACAUUGUACUAAUCUGGGUGUAAGCGACAUGUAUGGUUUAUUAGCUUGCAUGGUCUCGGGUAGAACCUGGAAUACUAUUCUGUCCGGUGUUCAAAAGACGAAGUAUUCAUCGAGCGAGAGAGACAUAUUUCAUCGAGAAAUACCGAACAUGUUACCACAAAUCAGCGAAGUAUUGCAAAACGUUGAUAGGCAAAUGUUACUAAUCCUUAAAACUAACGACUUGAUGCGUGGCAUUGAGUAUACGUUGAAAACCCAGUACAGGAUGUCCUCGUUUAUAGAAAUGUCCAAAUGUUGCAUUCAUUCUGUAUACGGAGAGAGGUACAAACAGUGUGAUAAUGAACUAUCUCGAUGGGUGUUAUCCAUUGCCGAACAGUGGUCCUUAUUCAGACUGACAUUGUAUUACAUGUAUCUGGGCGUGAUACAUUUUGACUUAAAUAAAAGCUUAGACUCACUUUGGACUAACGAUGACGGCUAUUAUCCUCUUUAGUAAAAAUAUGGAAAACUUGAACGUUUCAACACCAACACACGUAUUAUUAACAAUAAUUUGUGUUAUAAAAAACUCAGAAAUUAAUUAAGUACAGUUAAACCACUUUGAUACUACGUACGUGCAUGAAUACGUGAACCCUUAUUACAGUUACGCAAAAUGUUAGCAAAUACAGAGAACUGGUCUUUUUUAACCAAAGAGUUAUGUUCGAACGAACUAGACAAAUUUUCAUAUAUUUUCCGAACUGUACAUUCUGCCUUGAUUCUUCGCUCCACAGCUUGUAUAAAUGUUUAUUACCAUUAAACGUGCCAUGACUUCGGAGUUUCUUUCCGAAUUCGCCUUAAUGAGAAGUCCUAAUUAUGUCCUUGCAAGAAGCGAAGCAAAACCUGUAUGAUAAGUCAUUGAACACGCGUAUGAUCAUGUAAUAUAUAUAUAUAUAUAUAAUGUAAAUGGCAGAAGGGUAA